GAGGCUUGGGGAGGCCGGACCGCCGCGUGGACACGGCUCCGGGCGCCCAGGGGGCUGGUUGGGACACGAGUGGGGCAGCGGGGCGCUGACUGGUUGGUCGUGUGGCUGGGUGCCCCCGCCGCUGUCCCAAGCUCUGCGCGAGUGUCCGAGGAAAUGUCGGAGGAGCGAGGUGAGCCCCCGAUCGGGGCCAGGGAUCAGACAAACUCGUGGGAGAGUGACCCCCAGUUGCCCAUAGGCACUUUCCCCGCGCAGGUCCGGGCCGCCGCCUCGGCGCCUGACCCCGCGAGUCCUGCGUGCCUUGCGGGCUGGCCCUCCCAUAUGGCGGGCACCCGGCAGGGCCUGCCUUGGCCUCUGGGGGAGGGGGGCGCGGGCCGAGGGCAUGGUGCCCAGCCGGCAGCGCUCCAGGGCUCUACCGAGGGGUCUGAGCGGGUCCCCCAUGUCUUCCUUUCCCACGCACCUUCCCACACCCGCGCGGGCACCCACACCAGCUCCAUGCGCCAGUAUGUCGGGGACACCCUCCGGCACAGUCACACUGCUGCCGCGCACCACGCCCCGCAAACGCACAAUCACACGACAUGA